GAUCGGUAUUAGUUCCAAUCAGUCAGUCCUAACGACUCGUCAACACAGACCUAAAACAAUCAAAAUGUUCAAAUUGGUGGUGUUGUCCGCUCUUGUUGCCAUCGUAGCUGCCAAGCCAGGUGGCCUUUUGGGCUACUCUGCUAUCGCUGCCCCCGCCGUGGUUGCCGCCCCAGCUGUAGCCAUCCCCGCCGCCGUUAGCCAUCAAUACAGAACCGAUGUCAUCAGCAAGCCUGUGGUAGCUACCUAUGCUGCUGCCCCCAUUGUACAAAAAACUGUUGUUGCUGCCGCCCCAGCUGUCUAUGCCGCCGCCCCAGUAGCUUACGCUGGUCACUAUGGUCACUACGCUCAUGCUGCCCCACUUGCCCACGCUGCGCUGGCUGCCCCAAUUGCUCACGCUUGGUAAAGAGAGGACUGAUGGAAUAUAAUCACAAAAUUUAUUUUAAUACAUCUAAAUAAAUUAUUUUUUAAAUUCA